GGUUUUCUUGAAUUUAUGGCGUUGAAUCCGCCACGGCAAGGUCUUCUGUUUAUAAACCUCUCUAAGCAAGCGCAAAUCAUCGUCUCAUGCAUUUUGGUUCAGUCCCCGACUACUUGUGAAAUCGUGCUUCAUCUCAAGCUCCACUGCUUCUUCUGCAUACACUGCCUUACUGCCAUGGCGAGUAUCCAGCACGGGAUGUCUGCGGCCUUGUCGAUUGCUGCGAUGGUGUUGUUGCUACUCUUUGCUGGGGCUGCUGAUGCUACGGCUUGCCCAAAGGGAUACAAGGAUUGCGACAAGAAUUACAAAUCCAAUAAGUGCGAGACCAAUACCCUCUCAGAUAUCAACAACUGCGGCGACUGUGGAGCCAAGUGCCCAGUCUACCCAUACGCCACAUCCACAUGCAGGGAAGGCAAGUGCGUAUUCACUUGUAAGGCAGGGUGGAAGAACUGCAACAACAAGUGGAGCGAUGGAUGUGAGACAGAUGUGGGCAAGGACAUCAACAACUGCGGCGGAUGCGGCACCAAAUGCAACCUUAACGUACCCUGGGCGACGACUAAGUGCAACAAUUGCAAGUGUGAGAACACCUGCAAGGCCGGGUGGAAAGAUUGCAACAAGGACCUGAAGGACGGUUGCGAGGUCGAUGUCGGCAAGGACGUGAACAACUGCGGCGCAUGUGGGACGAAGUGCAAGACCGUGCCGAACGCUUCAACCAAGUGCAGCAACCACAAAUGUAUGUACACUUGCAACUUCGGGUGGAAGAAUUGUAACAAUGACUGGACUGAUGGAUGUGAGACGGAGGUUAGCAGGAACAUCAACAACUGCGGCGGCUGUGGGAGCAAAUGCAACAGCGUAGUGCCGUAUACUUCCACGAAGUGCAGCAACCAGAAAUGUGAGUAUACCUGCAAGGCCGGGUGGAAGGAUUGCAACGGAGACAUGAAGGAUGGCUGCGAGACUGAUGUGGGCAAAGACCUGAACAACUGCGGCGGAUGUGGCAAGAAAUGCAAUGACGUCCCGAAUGCUUCCACGAAGUGCAGCAAUUACAAAUGCGAGUAUACUUGCAAUGACGGCUGGGCGAAUUGUAACGGCGACUGGACCGAUGGGUGUGAGAUUGAUGUUACCAUGGACGUUGACAACUGCGGCAGCUGUGGGGCGAAGUGCAACAACGUUCCUUAUUCUAAUGCCACUUGCAGCGAUCAGACCUGUGUAUAUACCUGCGAGGAGGGGUGGGGCAAUUGCAAUGACGAUUGGGAGGAUGGCUGUGAAGCUGACCUUGGGAAUGACAUCGACAACUGCGGUGCAUGCUCAACCGUGUGCGAGAAACCCAAAUUCUUUGGCGGUGAAGCUAAAUGCUCGGACGGCAGCUGCGACAAGAGAUGGUGCAUCAAGGGAAUGAAGUUUAGUGACGAGAAGAAAUGCUGUGUCGAGGAUUGGUGGCCCUUUGGCCUUGGUCACGGCGACAAGUAGAGGUUCUCUCAUCUCUCUUCAGUCCCCAAAAAAAUGGCCCCACACAGCUGCAAAACUCCUCGUCCAAUUGGCAGCAAUACGAAAUAUUGCAGAAGUUCCUCCGAGGGUAGUGUGAGCACUUGGAGCUCACCGGAGUUCAUGAGAAUGAUUCCCAAACGUUAUUUAUUGAAUUAGUCCUCUUCGACAUCGAUGAAGUGAACGGACAUUAAUACUAGGAAUAUUAACCGUCCGUCUCAACGGAUACUUCUAAUGACUGAUUUUGUUACAUUCGCAACUGAGAUUAUUUAUAUUCAAUUUGGGAUUUCAAAAC